AUGUCAGAGAUCUCAAAUACAAUUAAGAAGUUACAAAUCUUGAAUAUCAUCAAGCAGAACUUCAAUACCAAAACUCAGAGGUACCUUAGUAGAGUAUAUAAGAAGAUGAAUAAGACUGUCGGAACCGAGACUGUUGCUUCACGCACUAUCAUAUACGUCUCCUUUGGAGGACUGCUUAUGAAGUUGGAGGCGCAGAGGAGCGACGUGGACGAGGCUAUUCGUCUUGAUGACCGUCUAUACCUCCUCAUGAGGAAAGUUUACUAA